UCAAUGUUUCUUCAGACUGUGCACUUUUGGACAGUUAAAUCCUGGUGGAAGUGUGUCUCUAAAGACUGAUACAUACUUCACUUAAAGAUCAGAAUUACUGCAAAGAGAAUAAUCGAGAUGAAGGAGAUUUAUGUAAAUGCAGAAGUUACAGCGCAAAGUAGAGUGGAUACUGAUACUGAGGGAUCAUAUGAAAAUGCUUAUGUAAAUGAAGACCAUUUUAGGAGCAAGCAGUUCAAAAACGUCAAGCAAGCUAAGAAGUCAGGAAUGAAUCCGGUAUGGAAUAAAUGUUACAGAGCGAGUACAGUGUGUUUGCUGCUGCUGUGUAUUCUCCUGCUGAUUGCCACCAUAAUGCUUUGGAUGCAAUUCCACAUCCUUUAUACAGAAAAGGGCCAAUUACAGAAGCAAAAAGAUGAACUUCAGAAGACAUUAAAUAAUUCUGUCACUUCACUAUGUAAAGACACAUUGAGAAUCUUUAACUCCAGUAUUUACUACAUUUCUACUGAGAGGAAAAACUGGACUGAGAGCAGAGUGGACUGCAGAGAGAGAGGAGCGGACCUGGUGAUCGUAGACAGUCUGGAGGAAGAGGAGUUUCUCCUGAAACAUCUGGGGAGGAAUCGGGCUUGGCUUGGUCUGAGUGACAGGGACACAGAGGGAGAGUGGAAAUGGGUGGAUGGUACACCUCUAACCACUGCGUUCUGGCGUGAGGGGGAACCGAAUAAUUCAAAUAAUGAGGAUUGUGCUGAGAUUGUAGGCACUGCAAAUUGGAAGAGCUGGAAUGACACACCAUGUUCAAGAAAUAAUUCAUGGAUCUGUGAGAAAAACUCAUUUUAGUUAAUAGUGAAUGGUAAUGCAAACCCCCAGUAUCGCAAAGCUGCCACACUUGGGCCCUUGACCAAGGCCCUUGACCCUCUGUGCUCCAGGGGGCGCUGUAUCAUGGCUGACCCUGCACUCUGACCACAGUUUUAAGCUGGGAUAAGUGAAGAAAAGAAUUUCACUAUGCUGUAAUGUAUAUGUGACAA